UUUCUAGACGGGCCUGGUGGCGGCGGCCGCACGCGAUUGACGCACGACCAGCUGCCGUAGACGCUCGAGCCCCAGGCACGCCGCAGCCCCAGCCCAUAUCCGCGCGCGCUUCAUCGGAGGCCACGAUGCCCACUCCAAUACCAUGUUGCCGACCUGAUGUCACCUUCAUCGCGCCCGUUUCACCCGCCCACGCCCGCUCGACAGGCCACGAAUCGCCGCUCUAUCUUUGGCACCCGGCGGCAUGUCCCCGCCCAACGCGCUCGCGCCCUGGCUCUCCAGAACCGGUUGAGCAUUGUCUGUCGCCUUCUGUCCUUGCGAAUCAUAGUCCAGCUCCGCUCUGUUUCAGGCGGCGCUGUUCAAGACCCGAAGCGCGCUUUUCCUAUAAACUUCGUAUCAGAAACACCUGUUUGACCUUCUCGCCGACCAGAAUAGCACCCUCCCCGAAGCCUUCUGCAUGGCUCAGGUACAAGCGCGCCUUCACAACGGAGCUUCCCCUGGUGGCAUUGCGCUAUUCUCCCAAGCCAGUGUUUCCGAAGAGCCUAAACGCUGGAGAGUUCAGCCUCAUGACCCGCACUGUUCAUGCUCCUGUCUGUAGGGGAAUCUUGAAGCUGACUAUCGGACUCCUAUAGCUGUCGCGGUGCUUAGACGUAUGACUGCGUCCUGUUUCCCUCUAAUCACAUAAGACCGUCGUAAGUAUCUCUCUAAAUAAGGACCUUCAUUACACUCUCCCGCUUGUACCUAGGUAGGGCUCGCAGAGCAUCACGUGCCAUGCCAAGAUCUCUCGUCGCGGCUCAACCCUUCUCCACCUCAUCGUCGCGCUCUCAACACCAUC